AUGUUUAAGCAGAUACUUGGGAAGCUUCCUAAGAAACCAUCUGCUAAGUUUUGGGAUAAUGGUGAAUCCCAAACUCAAGAUAACAGCAACAAUCAAGUUGAUGAAGUUUUAAGCAGCCAGAGAUCAUCAUCAAAUUUGGAUUCUGUUUCUUCUUUUGAGGUAUUGCCUAGGUUGAGAGAUGUUUCAGUCUCAGAGAAGCAAGAACUGUUUCUUAAGAAGCUUAGAUUAUGUUGUGUAGUGUUUGAUUUCGUCGUUGAGCCUCAACAAAACCUCAAGGAGAAAGAGAUCAAAAGGCAAACACUUCUUGAAGUUGUGGAUUAUGUUAUCUCUUCAGGUAAUGGCAAAUUCCCUGAAUCAGUUAUUCAAGAAGCUACAAAGAUGAUUGCGGCGAAUCUCUUUAGUAAUCCUCAUCAACAAUGGAAGAACAAGACUCCUGAAGGAGGAUUGGAUUUGGAAGAAGAGGAAGGAUCUUUGAAUCCUUCUUGGCCUCACUUGCAGAUGGUUUAUGAGUUCCUUUUAAGAAUCGUUGCAUCUCCCAAUACAGACGCCAAGAUAUCCAAGAAAUACAUCGAUCAUACGUUCGUUCUCAAGCUGUUGGAUUUGUUUGAUUCUGAAGAUCCGAGGGAGAGAGAGUAUCUGAAAACAAUACUUCACCGGAUCUACGGGAGGUUCAUGGUUCAUCGCCCGUUCAUCAGGAAAACUAUGAACAACAUCUUGUAUGAUUUUAUAUUUGAGACAGGGAAACACUCGGGAAUCGCAGAGUUUCUUGAAGUUUUGGGAUCCAUCAUCAAUGGAUUCGCUUUACCGCUCAAGGAAGAACACAAGCUCUUCCUUACUCGAGUCUUGAUUCCUCUACACAAACUGAAAUGCUUACCGAAUUACCAUCAGCAGCUUUCUUACUGUGUGAUACAGUUUGUUGAGAAAGAUUGUAAGCUCGCUGAUACCGUUAUUAGAGGGUUAUUGAAGUACUGGCCGGUUACUAAUAGCGCUAAAGAAAUCAUGUUCUUGAAUGAAUUGGAGGAGAUAUUAGAAGCAACUCAGUUAGCAGAGUUUGAACGGUGUAUGGUUCCUCUCGCUCGCCAAAUCGCUCAGUGCUUGAGCAGUUCUCAUUUUCAGGUAGCGGAACGGGCUUUAUACUUAUGGAACAACGAUCAUGUCACUAAUUUGGUGAGACAGAACAGCAGAGUCAUUCUGCCGAUAGUGUUUCCUGCUUUGGAGAAAAACGGUAGUAGCCAUUGGAAUCAGGCUGUAAAAAACUUGACCGAGAAUGUUCUCAAAGUUUUGUCUGAUACAAAUCCAGAAUUAUUCGAAGAAUGUUUGCGCAAGUUCCAAGAAGAUCAGCAAAAAGCAGAGGAUACUAAGAAGAAGAAUGGAGAAACCUGGAGACAGCUAGAGGAGAUUGUUGCUUCAAUGGCGAAGUAA